UCUAAUGCUCUCACUAAAACCCCGCCAAUUUCUCUCUCUGGCCUUCAUCUUCUUCAAGCCAAACCCUAACCCUAAAUUCCGUUUUCUCUCACUUCAAUCCUUCUCCGACCAGUCAUGGCUGUCCGUACCCGGCAACCCCCUAAUCGAGUGGCCAUCUUUCUCUCCGCCGCCGCCGCCUCCCUCUCUCCCGCCCCUAAACCCUAACCCUAAUUCCGACCCCAAGUUCUCCCAAAAUGACUUCUCCACAAUCGCCAACCUCCUCACGGACCCCAGCAUCUCCCCCGGCGCUUCUCUCCGGAGCGCACUGGACCGGGUCGGAGUCAACCCGAGUCCGAGGCUGGUACAGGCUCUAGUCGACCACUUUGAUUCGUCUCCCAAACUGCUGCACUCUCUGUUUGUUUGGGCCGAGAAGCAGCCGGGGUUUCGAUGCUCGGCUGCGCUGUUCACCUCCGUGAUCAAUGUGCUUGCCAAAGCUAGAGAAUUUGCGUCUGCCUGGGCUAUGAUUCUUGAUCGAAUCGACGGCGAUAAGGAACCUGGAUUGGUCUCCGUUGAUGCAUUUGUGGUCAUGAUCAGACGGUAUGCUCGUGCAGUAAAACCACAAUCAGCCAUUCGAGCUUUUGAAUAUGCGAGUAAUCUAGAGUCGUUUCUGAAUUCUGAAUCGGAAAUGAGUUUGUUUGAGGUAUUACUGGAUUCCUUUUGUAAGGAAGGUCUUGUAAGGGCGGCGUCAGAGUAUUUUGAUGGGAAAAGGAAGUCGCAUCGGGAUUGGAUUCCAUCCGUCCGGGUUUAUAAUAUACUGUUGAAUGGGUGGUUUCGGUCGAGGAAGCUGAAGAAGGCAGAGCGGCUUUGGGCGGAGAUGAAGAGGGACGGUGUGAAGCCUAGUGUUGUGACGUAUGGUACGCUUGUGGAAGGAUACUGUCGGAUGCGUCGUCCUGAAAUUGCAAUGGAGUUGGUGGGUGAGAUGAGAAGGGAGGGAAUUGAGCCGAAUGCAAUUGUGUUUAAUCCAAUAAUCGACGCUUUGGGGGAAGCUGGGAGGUUCAAGGAGGCGUGGGGGAUGAUGGAGCGAUUUUCGGUUCUAGAAUCAGGCCCCACUAUUUCAACAUAUAAUUCUCUGGUAAAGGGCUACUGCAAGGCUGGAAAUCUUGUAGAGGCUAGUAGGAGUCUAAAAAUGAUGAUAAGCAUGGGUAUUGUGCCGACUCCAACAACCUAUAACUAUUUCUUCAGGUACUUUUCAAAGUCUGGGAAAAUUGAGGAAGGAAUGAACCUUUAUACCAAAAUGAUUGAAUCUGGGUAUACCCCUGAUCGUCUUACAUUCCAUCUUCUGUUGAAGAUGUUAUGUGAAGAGGGAAGAUUGGAUUUGGCUGUUCAAGUUAGCAAGGAAAUGAGAACUAGGGGAUGCGAUAUGGAUCUAGCUACGACUACCAUGUUGAUUCAUUUGCUCUGCAAGAUGAAUAAGUUCAAAGAAGCUUUGUCAGAGUUUGAGGACAUGAUACGCAGGGGUUUAGUUCCGCAGUAUCUAACUUUUCAGAACAUGAAUGAUGAACUAAGGAAACAAGGAAUGACCGAAAUGGCACGAAAGCUGUGCACCCUGAUGUCUUCUGUUCCACAUUCAACAAAGUUGCCAAAUACGUAUGUCAAAGAUAGAGAUGAGUCUUAUGCAAGGAGAAAAUCUAUAAUUCAAAAGGCUGAAACAAUGGCUACUGUGUUGAAAACUUGUUCAGAUCCAAGAAAAAUUGUAAAGCAUAGAAGUUCACUGGAGACUGUUGAAUCAAGAGCCAACCGGUUGAUAGAGGAUAUCAAGACAAAAGCUAACAUCAAGUGAUAUUCUUUCUGUUCUCUAGUAACAGGCUGCAAU